UGACGGAGCCGCGGAGCGGGCGGUGGCGGAGCUGAGCUGAGCGCCCCGCGGGCGGCGGCGGCGGCCUAAGAUGGCGGACCCGGCGGAGUGUAACAUCAAAGUGAUGUGUCGCUUCAGGCCCCUCAACGAGUCCGAGGUGACCCGCGGCGACAAGUACGUCGCCAAGUUCCAGGGCGAGGACACCGUCGUCAUCGCGUCCAAGCCAUAUAUAUUUGACCGUGUAUUCCAGUCAAACACAUCCCAGGAGCAAGUGUACAAUGAUUGUGCUAAAAAGAUUGUCAAAGAUGUACUUGAGGGAUACAAUGGUACAAUAUUUGCUUACGGGCAGACAUCAUCUGGAAAGACACACACUAUGGAAGGGAAGCUUCACGACCCAGAUGGAAUGGGGAUUAUUCCAAGAAUAGUACAAGAUAUCUUUAAUUAUAUUUACUCUAUGGAUGAGAAUCUUGAGUUUCAUAUUAAGGUGUCAUAUUUUGAAAUAUACUUGGAUAAAAUAAGGGACCUUUUGGAUGUUUCAAAGACCAAUCUUUCUGUUCAUGAAGACAAAAAUAGAGUUCCCUAUGUAAAGGGUUGCACAGAACGUUUUGUAUGUAGUCCAGAAGAAGUUAUGGAUACUAUAGAUGAAGGAAAAUCGAACCGACAUGUAGCAGUUACAAAUAUGAAUGAACACAGCUCUCGGAGUCAUAGUAUUUUUCUUAUUAAUGUAAAGCAAGAGAAUACUCAAACAGAACAGAAACUAAGUGGAAAACUCUAUCUUGUGGACUUGGCAGGUAGUGAAAAGGUUAGCAAAACUGGAGCAGAAGGUGCUGUGCUGGAUGAGGCUAAGAACAUCAACAAGUCUUUGUCUGCUCUUGGAAAUGUCAUCUCAGCUUUGGCUGAAAGCAGUACUUAUGUUCCAUAUCGUGAUAGCAAAAUGACCAGAAUCCUUCAAGAUUCACUAGGAGGUAACUGUAGAACCACUAUUGUCAUUUGCUGCUCUCCAUCUUCAUACAAUGAAUCUGAAACAAAAUCUACUCUUCUCUUUGGCCAAAGAGCAAAGACCAUUAAGAACACAGUCUGUGUCAAUGUGGAGCUCACUGCAGAACAGUGGAAGAAAAAGUAUGAGAAAGAAAAAGAGAAAAACAAGACGCUGCGUAACACCAUACAGUGGCUGGAGAAUGAACUCAACAGAUGGCGGAAUGGGGAGACUGUACCUGUUGAUGAGCAGUUUGACAAGGAGAAGGCCAACUUAGAAGCUUUUGCAGUGGACAAGGAUAUUACUGUUAUUAAUGAUACUCCAGCUACCACGAUUGGAGUAACUGGCAAUUUCACUGAUGCUGAGAGAAGAAAAUGUGAGGAAGAAAUUGCCAAAUUAUACAAGCAACUGGAUGACAAGGAUGAAGAAAUUAAUCAGCAGAGCCAACUGGUAGAAAAACUGAAAACACAAAUGUUGGAUCAGGAAGAGCUUCUAGCAUCAACUAGACGGGACCAAGACAAUCUGCAAGCUGAGCUGAAUCGCCUUCAGGCUGAAAAUGAUGCCUCUAAAGAGGAAGUGAAAGAAGUGCUACAAGCUCUUGAAGAGUUAGCUGUCAAUUACGAUCAGAAGUCUCAGGAAGUAGAAGAUAAGGCAAAGGAAUAUGAACUGCUUAGUGAUGAACUCAAUCAGAAAUCGGUCACUUUAGCUAGUAUAGAUGCAGAGCUUCAAAAACUUAAAGAAAUGACUAACCAUCAGAAGAAACGAGCAACAGAGAUGAUGGCCUCCUUACUAAAAGAUCUUGCAGAAAUAGGAAUUGCAGUCGGAAAUAAUGAUGUCAAGCCUGAGGGAACUGGCAUGAUAGAUGAAGAAUUCACAGUUGCAAGGCUGUACAUCAGCAAAAUGAAAUCGGAAGUAAAAACAAUGGUAAAACGAUGCAAACAGUUGGAGGGAACACAGGCUGAAAGCAAUAAGAAAAUGGAAGAGAACGAGAAGGAGUUGGCUGCCUGUCAACUCCGUAUCUCCCAGCACGAAGCCAAGAUCAAGUCAUUGACUGAGUAUCUUCAGAAUGUGGAGCAGAAAAAGAGGCAACUGGAAGAGUCUGUGGAUUCUCUUAAUGAGGAACUAGUUCAACUGCGUGCACAAGAAAAAGUCCAUGAGAUGGAGAAAGAGCACUUAAAUAAGGUUCAAACUGCAAAUGAAGUCAAGCAAGCUGUGGAACAGCAGAUUCAGAGCCAUCGUGAGACACAUCAGAAACAAAUCAGUAGCCUGCGAGAUGAAGUUGAUGCAAAGGAAAAACUUAUCACUGAACUCCAAGACCAAAAUCAGAAGAUGAUGCUUGAGCAGGAGCGUCUGAGAGUUGAGCAUGAGAAGUUAAAAGCAACCGAUCAGGAGAAAAGUAGAAAACUGCAUGAGCUUACGGUUAUGCAGGACAGACGGGAGCAAGCAAGGCAAGAUUUAAAGGGCUUGGAAGAGACUGUGGCUAAAGAACUUCAGACUCUCCACAAUCUUCGGAAGCUGUUUGUUCAGGAUCUGGCUACUAGAGUGAAAAAGAGUGCUGAGAUUGACUCGGAUGAUACAGGAGGCAGUGCUGCACAAAAACAGAAGAUUUCUUUCCUUGAGAAUAAUCUUGAACAGCUUACAAAAGUUCACAAGCAGCUGGUACGUGAUAACGCAGACCUUCGCUGUGAGCUUCCGAAACUGGAGAAGCGACUUAGGGCUACAGCUGAAAGAGUUAAAGCUUUGGAGUCUGCACUGAAGGAAGCCAAAGAGAAUGCGUCUCGUGAUCGCAAGCGGUAUCAGCAGGAAGUAGACCGUAUAAAGGAAGCUGUAAGAUCCAAAAAUAUGGCCAGACGAGGACAUUCUGCACAAAUUGCUAAGCCCAUCCGUCCUGGCCAACAUCCAGCAGCUUCUCCAACUCAUCCAAGUGCAAUUCGUGGGGGAGGUGCGUUCACUCAGAACAGCCAGCCAGUUGCACUGCGCGGAGGUGGAGGACGGCAGGACAAAGUUUGCUGAGAGGCUAAUGCAGCAUGAAGAGGAUUGGAUAUCGUGUAGAGGGAGUCAUUCCAUGACAAUAAUCUCUCCCUUUGGGGACUGUAGGAUUAUUUUUUGAAAAUGUAUAAAUUAUACCUGGCCUGUACAGCUCUUUUCCCUUCUACAAAUUCUGCUAACUAAUUCCCCCUUCCCCUCCAAACAAACAAACUAGAGUGCAAUUUUGGCGUCUUGAAAAAUGACAUGUUAGUUAAAGUGUAGCUCUGCUCAUUACACGGUUUGUCUUUCAUGUCUUAAAUUUAGUCUGCACUGUGCCAAGCUGAAUGUACAUUAAGAAAACCUUAGUUCAGAUUUUCUAGCUUCUUUUGUGUACAUUUAUUGUCUUAGGGAAUGUGCAACAGUGUUGAAGUAUAUUUCCAUUUCCAUCACUUCACAUAACACUACGUGUCCCACUGAACUAGAGCGGCACUGCGUAACAUUACGGUUUUCCUUUGGAAUGCUGCAUAGAGCAUUGGAACUAAACUUAUUUGUACAGCAUCAGAAUACUGAAGUGUGCUUACAACAACUGCCCUACGGCACCGCGAGCACUGCACCACAGAACUACAGGGUUCAGUAUGAACGAGGCUGUUCCACUGUUAUCUGAUUCGAUGCCCCUCUAUCGGGUGCUUUAGAAUUAAACACUGUACAGUACUAAGAGUAAACCGAAGUUUACAAAAAAGACUCUGGAAUGGAUUGUCUCAUCUGUCCUGUUCCUGAUUCUACACACAGUACAGUCUGGUGGAGUGAAAACAUUCUGCUUCAUUCUGAUGAGCUUGUUUAUCCAUUUGUCUCUAUCUGUGACGGUUCACUUUUGCUGUUUCAUAAUAGUGAAAUGAGCACCAUCUAAAAUGUAGCUCGAUAUUCCACUGCAUACACAGUACUGAACUUUGGGCUGAAAUUUUGACUUCCAGUUACAGUAAAUUUGAGCAGCGAUUUCAGAUAUGCCUGAUCGAGGAUAAGACUUCUUAAAGUGGAUGUAUCUGCAAGUCCCAGAGAUGCGUUUAAAAAUAAAAAUAAAGCACUACACUGAGUUGUACUUGUAAUCCGUUUGUGAGUAGGUAUAUGGAAUGUCCAAAGUAGUAGUUGUUGAAUCUUUUUUCUUCUCUUUGCAAUAAAGUCCUGUGAAGUGGCUAAUGAAAUGAAACAUGGGGUUUUUUGGUUGGUUUUUUGAGCUCUGAUAUUCCCACUGAGCUGAAUCUGGGUUUUAAACUCUUCUAGUGCAAUUUGCCUAACUUAUUCAUAGGGUUUAGCCACUAUAAUUCUUAGAACAGCUUCUGGAUAGUAAUUAGUUAUCAGGUCUUUUGAGGAAGAAGGAACUGAAUGUUACGGAAAGAAUUUGGAUGGCUCUCCAUGCCCGAUUAAUACCACUUUGGAGUUUUCUUGAUGGGUGUUCUGCAAUUAUUGUGGAGAAAGAGAUCUGUGGCUGUUCAGACAGCAGUUCAUGUUCAACUUUUAUAUAAUAAAUAGAGAAAAUAUUUAUAUUAUGAUGGAGUGCAGUCAGACUUUAGACCUUGAACCACUAGUUUUCUAUAUCUACAUUAGUCUGAGUUUUUAAUAGUUUGCUUUUGAAAGGCUGAGUGUAUCGGUCAGAAAUGUCACUUGUUUUGGAGUUUUCAGCUUUUAAGGCUUCUGUUGGUGAAGGCUGCCCAACGCUCCAGACUUGCUUGUUUCAGAGCGUGUUCAAACACAGCACACUGAGAAAAGGAACAGCAAACAGUUCACCUGAGUUUUCUCAUAAUGGAAACAGCACUGUCCGUCAUUUCUCUUUGCAUUAACUCCUUCAGUGCUCAGGCCUUCAUGUAUUGAUUUGCAAUCAUAAAAGCAAAACCCCUCUUUCUUGAAAAUGCAUUCAAAUGAAGCAGGAUUUUUUUUCUCGUGCCUGUGAAUGGGGGUUUCAUUUCUGUGGGUAAUCAUUGUGGGUUUUGGUGCUGAAAAUUGCUGUAUUUAAAAAAAUAAAUGGUAACUAAUCUGUAGCUCAGCGUACGUCACCUUUUUGUAUUUAAACUUUUUUAUUUUAAACCUUUUAUGGAGUUUACCAAGAACUGCCUCUUAAAAUGUAAAAAAGGAAAAACGGAACAAAAAACCUUUUUGUUUUCAGGUUUGGCUGUCAUAGGUCAGCUGGACGGGACAAUUACUGUUUUUUGUAAAUUUAAUCUUCAGUCUCUACAGGGAAUGUUCAGCACUGCUAGUUAAACUUGCAGUCUUUGAAUGGUUCUUAUUUUUUACGUUCCUCUAGGUCACAUUUUUUACAGGAUGGUUUAGGGUAGGAACUCGGUGAAAUAAUAUUUAUUUCAGGUGAAUGACUAAAUUAUUUGCAUAGCUUAAAUGCUGACUCACUGCUGUGUGUGAUUCUAAAUUUGACAUGAGAGGACAAUUCUGCCUGUGGACUAAGAUGAUUUAACUUCAGUACACUUGAGAUGCAUUAAAAUGAUUGAUUUGGGGAAGACGCCGUAUAGUUUUAAUUUACUUGCAUGCUGUAAAUGUAUUUGUGUUUAAAUAAAGAGAAGGAAAAUCUUUGAA